GGGGUCUGAUAUACUAAUUGGGUUAGAGAGAAAGGUAAAGGAGGAGGAGGAGGAGGAAGAAGAAGAAGAUAGAUGCUCCCACUAAAGCUGGUACGCUCUCUGGUCUUCGGAGGAACCAUCAACAACAACCCUCUUCUUAUGGACACCGACGACGAGGAGGAGGAGGAUCGCAAUGUCGUCAAAACCCCAUUGCUCCUUUUCCUCCCAACCAAAGAGCUUGUCACCGACACGUACAGACUCGCCACCAUAGCCAGAGACAUGGGCAUGGACUUGCACCCAACCCCUUCUCUCUCCCACAUCAUUCUCUCACACCCACCGCCGCCGCCGCCGCCGCCGCCGCCAUCGUCUUCGUCUCCGUCUCUAGGAUCACCGUCCUCGUUUCCUUCAACAUGGUCAUCCACGUCCCUGUCGUCAACUUCUUCUCUGCCCGAGGACACAGUCCCCCUCCCUUUUCCUUCACUGAUCGCAGCUCCGAUUCCGCAUCUCCGGGCCUUCGUCAAGAUGUCCAGAGGUCUGUUCAAGCUGGUGUUCGCGCCGUCGGAGUGCAUAGCCACCGACGCCGCGAGUACCGAGAGCCAUUGGAAUUGCUGCUCGGCCUCGCUGUUCUCGCGGCUCGCCGGAGAUAGAAUGGACACAAUGGAGGGGUUUUCGAGGGCUCUGGCCGGAGUUGGGUGGUCCCUUUUCAAGACUAAGGAGAACGGUGGUGGGAAAUCGGUGUAUUUGUUCAGGAAGGUUGAUGUGAAUAGGGUUCGGGCCGGGGAGUGUAGGAUUCGGGAGCUGAGGUUGCCUGCAUUGGAUUUUAGGAAUGCCCCUUUGAGGAUUUUGCAGUACAUUCUUCUUAUGACGGAUGACAUCUUCUAUCUGGCAUGAACUGUAAAUGGGUAUGUUGUUUUUAUGGUCAUUUGUAGUUGCCAUACAGUUUGUAUAUAAUCUGUACUAAGAUCUCAGUGAAUUAUAUAAAUUGUCUAUUGGACUUGUUUUGCCAAUGUAUGUUAAUGGUUGCCGUAAA